AUGCUGUCCCAAUCGGUCCUCGCGCUCGCGCUUGCUCCUGUCGCUCUCGCCCACUUCAACCUCAACUACCCUUCAUCUCGUGGUUUCGAUGAGGACAAGGAACCCACUUUCCCUUGCGGAGGUUACGAUACCGUGCAGUCGCAGCGCACCAACUUCCCCAUCAGCGGCGGGCCUAUACAGCUCAAAUUGGGCCACCAGCAGACCAACAUUGGUGUAUACCUGGCUGUUGGCGACAACCCUGGAGACGGCUUCAGUGUAGUGUUGUACCCUCAGUUCCAGGUAUCUGGGUUCGGCGACUUCUGCUUGGGCGACGUCAGCAUCCCUUCAAGCCUGAACGUCACCGACGGCACAAAAGCUUCCAUCCAGGUCAUCACAAACGCGCACGGCGAGGGAGGCCUCUACCAGUGCACCGACGUAAACCUGGUCAACACCCCGCUCUCCCAGUCAGACUACACUACCAACUGCAAGAACGGUACUGGAAUCUCGGUCAGCCAAGAGAACAUCUCUGGAAACCCAAACUCAACCAGCACAAGUGCGAGUGGAAGCGCCGCUGCUUCUCCUACAGCGAGCUCCACAAGCGGUGCGUCGCAAGCAAAGGCUGCCUCCUGGGUUCUGGGUGCUGUCGGUGUGGUUGGGUUGGCUAUGCUGUAG